CAAUCUUCCUCUGGAGCAAAACAGUUUACAUGUCUCUCCUCUAACAGAGAUACUUCAGAACACAAGAGGUAAGAGUCUAAGAAAAUAUGUUAAUACGAUAAAAUGAACUAGUCAACAGGGUGCUUUUGGAGAUUAACUUUGAAAAAUAAAAAUUGAAUCCCAUAACCUUUAUAAAACAGGUCUGUGUGGGAACAGGUCUACCUUGAUGCACUGAAAUGUGCCACAGCAAAGGGUUGCAGAAACCCAAUGCAUCUCGCAUACAUUAUGGUUGUAUAUUUCUUAUCUUGCCUAAAUUGGGAUACUUUUUCACUCCACCCUGUAAGGGAGAAGUAAUAAAUUCCUGAGAAGCAACAAGCAUGCCUGCAGGGCUGCCAUGUUUAUGAAGGCUGUCAGUCAGAGUGUUCUCUGACGGUGUCCCAUCUCCUCAGGAGCAGGUCUGCCCUGUUUGUUUGGCAAUGAACGGAGUGUGUCACGCAAACGGCAUUGCAGGUUAAAGGCCUCCGGGUUUUGUUUUGCUUGGGUAUAGCAACAGCAGCUCAAACAAAGCUUGGCAAGCUCCAGAGUAGCUGAGGAAUACCUUAGCGAGAGAUACUUAUACCACAUCCUUUUUCAAAAAGUCAGACGUGUUCACUGACCAAAGACUUGACCAGACAAUUUGCAGCACAGUACUGUAAUACUCAUUCCUAGUGCAGCUGUUGUGCCUUUGUUGUGCAGUGCUCAAAUAUCUUCUCCUUAAAGCACAAUACAGAGGUACUUCGGUUUUCGAACGUCUCCGUUGACGAACGCUUCAGAACUCAAACGCCGUAAAUGCUUCCAUUUUCGAACACGCCUCAGAAAUCAAACGGAUUCCGCUGAGUGUAUAUGUUAUUUUUCUCAAUUUCCCCAUUGCACCUCAGUUUUCAAAAGUUUCAGAACGCGAAUGGUCCCUGGAACAGUUUACGUUCGAAAACUGAGGUACCACUGUACCUCUGUUGCAGGGGUAUUGUGUUUCCCAAGGUUUCAAAAGACAGUGUCUUCUUACUGGGAAAAUGUGGUUUUCUUCCCAGCCGGUGUGUCCUUUGCUAUAGUGAGAAUUGUGUGGAGAAGCCGGAGAUUGAAUUUGGGACUUCCGGAAUACAAAGCAUAUACGCUACUGAGCUACAGCUUUUUCCUGUGAAUUAGAUCUUAAGAUGUCUGAAGUGUAUGACGUAUGCAUGGUGCUGAGGUGGGGCUUUCUUACAAGUGUGCUUUCUUGCACCCUGAUUUCAUCAGGAUGAAGCCUAGACAUUUUAAAAUUUAAUGACUGUAACUCACUUGGCAGAAACUCAACAGCUCAUGGAGUUGGGUGGCAUUGCCAUGUCAAAGUUCCUAUCCAUUUCAGCUGCUCUGGAAUUUACAGGAAAUAUAAACAGGGUGAGAGUUGAGCACAGCCUUCGGUAAACAGUCUAAAUACCAUUACCAACCAGCCUGAAUUUUACUGGCCUACCAGAAUUCUGUCUUCCUGGCCAGUUGUCAUAAAAAGCAGAAUGGAAACAUUGUGGCCAGUGCUUUCGAUAUUUGCAUGUUAGUAUUUUUAAAGCCGUUUCUUGUCAAAAGAGGAAAUUCAAAGGCAUUUCCCCUCCUUAGGUUUUUGUUUUGAUUUUUAAAAAAAUCUUUGCUUCGUUCAAGGCAAAGCUGCUCUGCACAUGUACAGAGGCAUCUGAAUUAUUUUUUAACAUAAUAAUAAUAUUAAAGAUGUCAACCCUAAAUCUAUCUUGAAAUAGAUAAAUAAAAUAAAACAGAAAAGAAGGAGAGAGCACAGACAAACACUUGGUAAAGAAAUCAGUUUUUACAAAUUCUCUUCAUAUGUUGAUAGCUAUAUUUUAUAAGCAGCCUGUAUUUUCUUGAGGUUUGUGGCAGGACUAUAUUUAACAGCUGCCUUUUACAGCCCAUAAAAUUAAAGGGUUGUAGUAAAAUUAUAAGCAGUGAGAAGGAAAGUGCUUUUGGUAGGCUUACGGCUGAUGAAUGCGCAGCCUAUCCCAAAAUGAAAGGCUAGCCUAGGGCAACCCUGAAAUUUAAUUCUGGGCUUGUCUCUCUUUGCCCCUUAGCAUCGCUGCUCAGAGAUGCCCUGUCAUCGCUGUGAUGGUUCCACCCAUCGCCAGACUCUUCCUCACCCCACCGCUCUGGCAUGUUGACAGCGCGCUAGCGCAAAGCACGCUGGGAAAGCGAGUCCGCCGCCGCCGCCUUUGUCGUCGUCGGAAGAGGGAAGAAAGGCAGCGGCGUUGACCACAAGUCCCAGGAUGCCUGGCGCCUCUACUUCUGCCGGAUAGAAAGAGGCAGCAUCUUUUUCAAAUACUGGGUGUUUUGGAUGAGACAAGUUGCAUUUGCGUUUGGUGAGUUUCGCUCUUUUUGAAUUUAUUGUAUAUGGGUGUGUUUUUCAGAUAGUGAAAAGGAACCCACGCCAUCCUUGCUGUUCGCUCACUUGUUAGAAGUCAUGCGGGAAGCUGCCGAAGUUGGUAUCCCCCGGGAACGGUCCUUCCCGUUCUCUUUUUCCUUUCCGACUCAGCCCUUAAAAGGAGAUGCAGGGAUCCUGCAGAAAGGAAUCAGAGAUAAUCCCCGCCGCCCUGCUGCUGCUUCUCUUUAGCCAAGCAUUCCCUCUCAAACUUUGGGACGUGCUAAAAGGAGGAGAUCCGCUGGGGUGAGCUGGGCUCCGCACCAGAGUUGCGCGUGCUUGUAGGGGCAGUGAUGGGAUCACAGGUCAAAAUGUUAGUUUAUAGCUCUGGCUUACCUCGGGGCUUGUAGGGCUCUGCUAUGAACAACGGGAUUUGGAGCCAAUGACUACCAGGUCUUCUCGGGCUCCUGUGUUGAACCCAUCAGAUUUGCUACCAAAAAAUUCCCACCUUUCCACACUUUUGAUCUUUGGCGAGCCAGGCCAGGAGUUAGAAAAGAAUGUGCAGAAGUUUACCAGAAUUUAGAAACGAAACAGGAAGUUGUUGGGUAACUUCCUAACUACCUACCAACCAAGGGAUCUGUAAUAUGAGCUUGAAUCCUGACAAGACAGAGACACUAUGGGCGAGUUGUUCCUGUGUCCAAGAGAUUUGGGGGGUGCUUUCGGAUCCAGCUCUGUCACUGGGGGUUCAGGUAGCCACAGUGGCAAGAAGUACCUUUAACCAGUAGCCAUUUGUUCAACAACUACAGUCAUUCCUGGGCUGGGAAUUCCUUGUCAGGGUAGUUUGUGCAUUGGUUACUUCAAGACUAGAUUACUGCAAUUCACUCUACGUGGAGCUUCCCUUGUUCUUGAGCCGGAAGCUGAAGUUAGUACAGAAUACUGCAGCACAAUUGCUGACAGGAUUGAGGCCUGGUCAGCAUAUAGCACCUGUGCUCAGAUAUCUGCACUGGUUGCUGAUUUGCUACCGGGCCAAGUUCAAGGUGUUAGUAUAUAAAGCCCUUAACAACUUGGGACCAGUUUACCUGUGAGAUCACCUUACCUCAUAUACACCCACUUGGCUGCUUUGAUCUGCAGAACUGGUACUGUUAAAGGUGACACAUAAUACCUGUUCUACAUCUGUAAGAACUUGAUAGUUUAGUGUGGCAGCACCCUACACUUGGAACUCCCUGCCUAUUGAUAUCAGGCAGGUGCCUUCACUGUACUCUUUUCGGCACCUGCUAAAAGCAUUUUUGUUUAGACAAGGCAACCCAGAUAUUUAGAAAGUUGAUAUGAGUUUUAAUUCAUUUUAAGUUUGUUAUUUUAACUUUCGAAAGUCAUAAAUUAUGAUGGUUAAUUCAUCUUAUUGGUAACUUUAUUGUUUUAUCUUUUCUGUAAACCGCUUUCAGGGUUUGGUUUCGUUUUACAAUCAAGUGGUGUAUAAGCAAAUAAAUAAUGUUUUGCAUUCAAGACCGCUAGUCUUGCUUACCUAGAAGUAGCUCCCAUUAAUUCCAGUUGGUCUUCCUUUCAUGCAGGUAACUUAAGUAGACCUGUAGGAUUUUUCUGUUACAUUCUUCUGUAACCUCAGAAGCAAGCCAUUCAGAGGGGCUUACUCUUAUGAAAGUUGGGUUAGGACUGCUAUUUUCGUAGCCAAGUGGCUGUUGUUAACUGUGCAGUCUCUAGAGGCAACCCCUGCCAGCCCCACAAUGCAUUGCAAAAGUCUAACCUGGAGGUGAUCAGAGGCUCUCUCUUUCAUGAGUGGCUGCUUAGUUGCUUUUUUAAAGAUUCCUCGUAUGCAGGGCCUGCCCACCCAGAGGCAAACUGAGACAACUGCCUCAGGCGGCAUAAUCCACAGGGGCAGCAGGUCUUGCCUCCAAAAAAUGCAUCACCCGUUGCUGCUGUGGUGGCAACGAUGGUUGUGGUGCUCUCCUUGGAGGUGAGAUCAGUUUGAGGAGAAUGCUAGCAGGGUAGCCUUUUAUUUCUGUUUCUCUGUUACUCUCUCUGCGGGUGCUUUUAUAUUGUUUUGUGUUUUAUAUUGUUUGUCUCAGUGGCUAAUCUGUUGCUAUUUCCUGGCUUUUAUGUUAUCUUCAGUUUGGCUCUGACAAUGUUUUGCAUAAAUCUAUGAAAAGUUAUGUUUGUGCCACAGAGGUUUGCAGGUCUGUUUCCACAAAUUAUGGAAAGAGAUAGUGUGGCAUAGGUGUCAUAUGCAAUCUUUCUCACAGUUGAUAAAUGCUCCCCUUCCUGCCAGUAGAUAGAAUGUAAUGUGAUGCUUGGUGCCUCAGCUAUUUCCCUUCCUUCAAGGUCAGAAGCGGAAGAUGGCAGACCUUGAAAGCACAGUCAUAAACAACAGUGUGACCCAGGUAUGGCAUUAAUAGCUAUAGUAGUUUAUAGUCAGCAUAUUAAAGGAGGAACUCUAUUUUGUUUUAUUUCAAUUAAGCACAAUAGGGUUCUAAACAUAAUGAAACUGGUUUCCCCUUCAGUAUACACUAAGACACUGAGGAGUUUUGUUUUCCAGACAAAUACAGCCUGGAGAUAUGUGAACAGUACAGUACCACUGUUAUGGGCCAGGCAUAGGCAAGAUGUUUUGGGACUACAAUUCCCACCAUCCUUGACCACUGGUCCUGUUAGCUAGGCAUGAUGGGAGUUGUAGUCCCUAAACAUCUGGAGGCCUGAGUUUGCCUAUGCCUGUUAUGGGCAAAUGAAAACCAAGUGAUUCAAACUUUGGUCCCAAACUUAGAACACCAGAUUGGUUUGGCAUAUUCUGUGUUUCGGAAUUCAUAGGGAUAUAGGAAGUUGCCUUGGAUACUGAGUCAGAUAUUGAUAUUGUUAUAAUUCGGCUAUUAUUGGGGGAAUAUUGGAAAACGAAUACAAAUUUAUUUACAAAAAAAAAAAAAAAGAUGCCAAGUCAGACCAUCGGUCCAUCUAGCUCAAUACUGUCAACACUGAUUGGCAGCGUCUCUCCCCUAUCCGGAGAUAUUAGGUUUGAAUCUGGGGUGCUUUUCAUGAAAAAGCAUGUUCUCUAGCACUGAACCCUUUCUGGGUUUGGAAUGAUCAGAAAGUUCCUCCAAAUCAAAGCAGGGUGCUUCCCAUUAGGCUCAGUCUAACUCAAAGGCAGAAUGCUCCCUGGGAAUCCUAAAGGUCAUUUCUUUGUUGUGAACUGUCGGUGAGGGGUUUCUAUCAAAGGAUGACAAUGAGAAGGAAUACUACCUUUAUCCUUUCAGUUCCUAAAACUCCACCCACAGUUGCUUUUACCACCACAAGGUUGCAGAUUUGCACUUACCUCGCAAGGGCUAAUAAUAGUCCUCUCGUUACUCAAGUCAAGUGAGCAAGCCUAACCUGCAAGUUGCUGAAUGAAUGGGUACCAGAUGAUGUACACUGGCCUAUUGCUGUUCAAACAUGCCUUAAACUAGUCUGGCUGCUUUCUGUAGUUCCUUUGCCAGCUCACAAAUUGAAGUCAUGGGCUGGGAGUCCUGACACUGGAGUUCAAGUUCUGCUUCAUCACAUCUGUGCUCUCUGCAGGGGAUGUAAUUAUAGCGAUAGCUUGCCUUAAGUUUGCCAGGAUAUACAUGUUUCUGAGAAUUAGUUUCCCGAGAAGAUAGAGGUAUGUGCUAUAAGCAUAUUGUUGUUGUUGCUGCUGUUGUUUAUAUUCACAAAAGCAACACAAAUUUUAAAUAUUAAAACCAAUUACAAUAAACACAACUAAUAAAAACCUUUAAAAGCAUAUCCCAACAAAUAAAAGACAGGUUUUAGAGAUCCUGCCUCAUUAAGAGAGGCCACACAAAGGGGCCAGGGUCAAAAGGGAAGUUUUUAGCCUGGCACCUAAAGAUAGAUCAAGAUGGUGCCAGAGAAGCCUUCCUGGAGAGAGCAUUGCACAACUAGGGAUACCACCCUUCCGACCUCUUAUGAAAGGGGCUCAUGAAGAAGGGCCUCAGAUGAUGAAUACUGUGUCCAAGUCAGUUCAUGUAGGGAUAGGUGGCCAAAACAUAUAGCAGUGAAAUAGUCUUAAAUGCAAAUAGUGUGGCUUUGAGUGGGGAGGAGUUGCAAAUAUACAGGAGAGACAGAAAUGUUCAUUCAGGUUUCCUUCAGCGCAGUUUUCCCUCUUGACCAAUGUUGGUUGCCAAACCUCGACUUUGUUCUCGGGCUUUUCCUCUUCAGAAAGAUCCCAAAGAAGCUCUGGUCAUUGCUGUGACAACAAGGGCUAUUUUCAACCUGGAAAAGGAGCACAAAAUCUUUUUGACAAAGGGAAAGGAGGAGUACGUGAAGCAUCAGCAAACGAACGAGAACAACCCUUUGGAGCCAGGGACAGCCUUUGCUUUUAUCCAGGUAAAGUGCCCAGAACAGCUCUGUCAAGGCAUUUGUGAAAUACAGACCACCUGUGUCUUUUAGAAUUCUCAUCUCAGAAUUAACAGACACUUUUGCUGUUGAAAUGGGUGGCAGUAGAUUUUUCACUUGCACUGUUAAUCUGGCUUUGCAAUAUGCUUUACACCCAUAGAUUAUUUACAUAUCUAUGGGUGUAAAGCAUAUUGCAAAGCCAGAUUAACAGUGCAAGUGAAAAAUCUACUGCCACCCAUUUCAACAGCAAAAGUGUCUGUUAAUCUUGCCCCCCUCAUGUUUCAGUCAGACAGUAAAGAUGUUUUAAAUGAAUGUAUAAGUGUUCUUUUGCAUGCACAUUCAUACUUUGCCUUGCAAAAAAUUCCAGUUUUUAAUAUAUAUAUAAAUGGUUGCAAAAUUGCUUUGUCCCACAACUGGGGAGUGGGUAUGUGAGAGCACCAUAAGCAGUGCAAAUACUGUACAAUCUGUUUUGCCUGUGACAGAAGCAGUUCCCUGAAACUGCUAGAAAAUUGUGGAUCUGGUUUUUCUUCUUCACGACUCCCUCUCGCACAGUAAUAUGCACCUGUGCUUUCAGAGUAGUGAAGAUGCUUUCAAAUAAUCUGAGCCAUAUUUAAAAUGCUAACACAUUUGCCUUCACCACUUAUAGCCUUAAAGGCCAGGGUUUAUAUUGUAAUGAAUGGUAAUACACCUCUGGACACUUCUUCCCCGCCCCAGGCAGCACAGUUUGUGAACAAGAAACUUCUUGAAAGAGACCCAGAGGAGAAGGAGCUCUUUGACGUGAUUGUCCUCUCCAAUAACAGUCCAGAGAGUGGUGUGCGGGUCAUCAACAGUGCUAAGCAACACAGUAGGUGUCCUAGACAUAAGAUUGUUAAGCCAUUUUCCGGAAACCUCUAGAUUUCAUUUUUUCCAUUCAUUGUAAAUUUCGUUCUUUCUGAGGGUGAUUUUGAUUUCCUCUUGACCUCGUUUGCAUUUCUGCACACCACAAUGAUGCAUCCGUAUGUAUUGUGAAUCGAGAAACGAAAAGAGGUAAGGACACUGGACAGGAUACAAAGCCAUUCAUCCCUGUACUAGGAAGACAGCACUUAGUAUGGAAUAGGAGGCUAAUUUAUGCUUAUAGAGGACCUCUUCUGAGUGUCUUGGGAGACUCAUAACUGGAGUAGUCAUCUAGAAAAAGGCUCAUGCAUUUGCACAAAUCAGGCAGCCACUGGCAAAGCCCCUCCAUAGAUGUGGUUCAUUUAUUAGUUUGUUUCAGUGAUAUAUAUCCUGCCCUUUGCAGAAGCCACAGGACACUUUGCUAAAAGGUCAAACGAAUUAAAAAGAAGUAAACUCUUUAAAAAAUCACACACACUCAUUUAAAAUGUAAAGCACAGCAGCUCAUAAUGAUUCAAUUUAUGUAGCAAUUUACUAACAGCAAAUUAGACCUUUUUUCUAGUCAACCUUGUAUUCCAAAUGCACACCAAAAAGGUGCAUUUUGACAAAUCACCUAACACAGGCCUCCCCAACCUUCGGCCCUCCAGAUGUUUUGGACUACAAUUCCCAUCAUCCCUGACCGCUGGUCCUGUUAGCUAGGGAUCAUGGGAGUUGUAGGCCAAAACAUCUGGAGGGCCGAAGGUUGGGGAUGCCUGACCUAACACUACAUAAAGGCAGGACUGCACACACCUUGAAAUAGAGGGAGUUCUAUAUGCAAAGAAUCACCACUGAAAAUGCACUUCCCUGGGCCCUCAUACCACACAGUUCAUCCUGCUGAUCUUAAAGCACAAAUAGUCCCUGUAUAUUGCCAAAGUGUACACAUUGAGGUCACUUUAAGUGUGAAACAACUCACAACAAUAUACAUGCCAGGGAGUGGGGAGGAACAAAUAACACCAGUAAGUAACGUAUGGUGGAAUCCCACCAGGGAGUAAGCCCAUUGCAUUCAGUGGGGGACUUACUUCUGAAUAAAUAUGGUUUGGACUGCAGCCUAAGACACCAUCUUUGUUUUAACAUCAUGAUCUAUAUGAACAGGACUAUACUGUUUGCAGGCAGAAGGUGAAGAAGGCAGGGAGUGCUUGGCUCCAAAAUUUAGUGGCAGCUCAGGACGAAGGAUAAUGUUGUUUGGCCUACAUAUUUCAGUGCACUGACCAAAUUUGCACUGAAAUUUUCUUUUGGAUUUCACACCUCUCCAAAUGUUGCGAAACAGUCAUUGCGUUGGCUCAAAGAAUGUAUAAAAAUCUGUUGAAAUUUGUGCAGUAGGAUUGCCCACAUUGCAAUGAAAUAUGUACUGAAAUGCAUUGUUUGUGAUAAAAUAUGUGCUUAAAUCCACAUUUAACUAUGAAUUUUCAUGCUUUUAAAAACACACACACAGGUAAAUGUGGAGAUGGGAUGGAAGAGGCUCAUGAAUGAACACACGUAGCAGUGUCUCGUAUUGCAGAUAGUUCAGUCUAUACUUAUCCCACAUGUCAACUAGCUUCCUUGAAGACUUGUGUCUGUAUGUACCCCUGCUUCACCACUGUGGGAGGGAGAUGGUUUCCAUGCAGCCCGAUCUGCCUGUGACUAGGUCCACAUUCAAAAAAAAAAUCAGAACCAGGCAUGUGCUCCAAGAAGGAGAUGACACAUUUAACAAUCAUCUGGGUUAUAGCUGUGAAUAUGAGCUCUGAGACUUUGCAGCCUCCCCACAAUUGGCAGGGAAAGGGUACAUGCUACAGACAUAAAAGUAUGGAGGGAAAUUUCCACAAAGGACGUAGCAGGGAAGAGCAGAGAGCAAGUGCUGCAUUUACAUGUUGGCAAGGUUGCCACUUUUCCUGUGGUGUUUAUUCCCCAUUGUGUAAGGAUGUGAGCUGGGGACACUGUGAAGUUAUGUGAGCAGAAACACAAGGCUACCUGGAAGCAGCCAAGGUGUGGUCUCAUGCUCUGACUCACCUAGGUACAGUUUAACCAGCUGUACUUAUUUCCCAGGACUUGUAUGGGUGGAACAGGCACCCUUGAGGGCACAGUGCGAGUCCUGAGGGGGGAAGGAGCCUGGAACCAAGACAGGGACUUUCAGAUUCAAAAUGCAAGGGCCUGUGAGCCUGAGACUGCCUCAAACUAUCAGCACCAUCUCAUGGGCCCCAAACCCCUCUCUCAGGGCUUGGGUAUGUGCUUUAGAAUAGAUAACUACUCCCAUCCCUGCACGUGCAUCAAAUGUAGAAAAACCCACCAUUUGAAGAUCACAACUUUCUGUAGUUCCUUCCUCUUUCUUUAUUAGUGAAAAUGAAAGAAAACAAUAAAAGAUGCAGAAUAGUUUGCGGGUGUUCCAAUCGUAUGACCACUUUAAUCAUUUUGCCAUGCUUGACAGUAUUUAUAAAUACGGAACAGCAGCGCUGUUAGAAUAAUAUAAUCAUAGAUUCUAACAGUGCUGCUGUUCUGUUUUAGUAAUUAGUACUGUUGCUUAAAUUCAUCCCAAAACAGAGCAGGGCUGUAUUGUGUCCUGUACUCUAUUGUUCCAAUACUGUGUGAAGAAGUUCAGUUUCUCAAUAAUUACAUUAUUUUGGCACCUCCCUUCUCCGACUCUUACAAAGUUGGAUUGAAUAAGCCAUAUCUCAUACCUGCAGACACUGGCCUUCUAUAGAUGGUGGGGUAAUCUUUUUGCAAUGCUGACUAAUCAACAAUCAAUAAUCAAUUGAGUUGCUAUUAAAAGUGAAUAUUUCCACAUUCUGAUCUGGCACUUUAACCUACAUAUAUCUAAAAAGGAUAAACAACUGAUUGAAUGCUAGGUCAAUGCCUAUGAUUUUCUUGAUUUCUAUUACAAUAGAGAGUCAAAACUGCUUAAUAUUAGGAUGGGGCUAAAAAAGAACAUAUGUUUACCCCAUCAGAGUUGCACUCCAACACUGGUACUGUGACUGGGCAUAGAUUUGACUGAGUCUGUGAGGUGCCGGUUCUAGGGCACCAAUGGGAGCUUCCCUCCAAAGGCUAAUGCCAACUUCAGGGGUGAUUUUUGUCAAGGUGGUGACCGGGGAAAUGAUUGAUGAUGCCCCUCCCUGUGCAUAACAGUCCUGAUCCUGCUUGGGCCUCCCCACAUUGGCAUUUUAAAAAACCACUAUGCCCAUGAAUUGCUUACAUGCCAUUGACAUUGUAUCCAGUUUGAUCCAGAAUGAAAGACUUGAUACUUUUUGUUCUAGCUGUGCAAGUAGCACUAUAGUGACAUCUGGUGACAAUUUCUAAGUGUUACACAACCAAGAUUAAUAAGAGGUUGCCUAGUUCAGCCCUGCAAAUCAGACCUUGUAAUAUGGUAUAUUUUCUUCUAAUAUGCUUCAACUCCUUGUAGUCCCCCCUUUAAAACUGACUGCACAAUAUUUAUUUGCCCCUGGAUUAAAGGUCUGGAGAUCUCCAAGUUUUGUUUUGUUAGUGAUGAAGAUUCUACCCAGUACCUGAAAACCCACAAUGUGAAGCUUUUCCUCUCAGCUGACAUGACAGAUGUGUGCAAUGCGCUUCAAAGAGGUUUGUUUCUGUUUCUUCUUUUCUUUCACCUAAAAAGUUCCUGUUACAGUUUGUUGACAUUGCUUUUAUUUUAUGUCCUGGGCCUACCAUCUCUCCUUCCAUAUGUCCUCUCAAAAUUAUCUGUGCACCAUCAAGUUCAAACAACAGAGAAAUGUGCUUGCUCUCUCGCUCCGAAAUGCUGUUUGUGGGUUUGUACCCAGGAUAAAUCCCGGUUGGUGUCAUUGUUUAGUGUGGUAAGUUCCUCUAGCGGCGUGAUUGUGAGGAAAGUCACAUUCAUUGCUGAAGAGGAAUAGCGUUUCCCUGCAAUGUUCCUCACACUUCUGAACAGACAUCUUGAGGAAACACUGACCUGUUCAGCUAGUGCACAGAGAAAGUGGGAGAGAGGCUUCAACCCUAGGCAAGACUGCUUCGUCUCUUCUGCUUUCCCCCAGAGCCUGUUGUUGUGACAAGGCAGCUGCAUCAAAGACAACCUGUCCUCCUCCCUUUGAAGGCUGACAGCAAAAUAAAACAAAAAAUAAAGCAGUCAGUUGUGACAUCUAAAAGCUUUAAUAGUCAUGAGCAGGCUGUGAACCAACAGAGCAUGCCUCACAUCUGUCACUUCCAGAGAUACACCACAUCUGUGUCUGCUUAACCUCAGGAGAUCAUUUCAUGUCAGAGAAUAGGAUAUUUAAAUUGGGGCCGAGCCCAAGCUGUGUCUACCAUGCAUCCUCUGCUGAACCACUUCCAGACAGGCAAUCUAACCGUCUCUCUGUCAUACAGGAGUUUCAGCAGCACUCAUCUUCCAGCAGGAGAUACAGGCUCCCAGCACCCAGCUGCGCGUCGUCUUUGACGGUGAUGCUGUGCUCUUUUCAGACGAGACGGAGCGGGUCUUUCGUGAGAAGGGGCUGGAGGGGGCUGUGGCGUAUGAGAAAAAGAUGGAAAGUGUGCCCAUGGGAGAGGUGAGGUUGCUUACUUUUCUUAUCCUUUGCUGGCACCCAUCCCCCCCCCCCCGCAAGGUGUAUGAGUGAUUUCUCCCUGUAAGACUCAUUUCUAUAAUAUACAUGAAUCGAGAUAACUAGCUAUUGAGAUCUUGAGCAAGGGCGAGGUGGCAAGGUCAGGGUUAUGCUUAAGUCGAUGGGCUUUGCUCAUGCAGCCGCACAUACCCAACUGCUGAGAAGAUGAUCCUUUAAGUAGCCUGUCCUGAAGCCAUGCAGAGCUUUAAAAGUUCCAGAAACAGAUUGGGAGCCAGUGCAGCAGACCCUCCAAGUGUCCCUGUUUCCCAGGGACAGUCCCAGAUUUGCAGUGGCCAUCCUGGUUUCUGACUUGAUCCCAGAAUGUCCCACUUUUCCUUAGCAAGUUCCUAUUUUCAUUGGAGAAAUGUUGGAGGGUAUGGAGUUAUGCGACCCCUGAGCCUAGAAGAUAAGUCACUAUGCAACCUUUAGAAGACAUCUGAAGGAAGCCCUGUAUAGGGAAGUUUUUUAAAAAAAUGUUUAAUGUUUUAUUAUGUGUUUAUAUAUGUUGUAAGCCGCCCAAUGUGGCUGGGGCUACACAGUCAGAUGAAUGGGGUAUAAAAAAUAAAACUAUUAUUAUGGAAUAGGACAUCCCUAUUUUCAUUGGAGAAAUGUUGGAAGGUAUGGUGGUGGUGGUGGUUGUGCUGCUGCUAAUAUUAAUUAUUUUUAUUUUUAUUUUGUACCCCAUCCAUCUAACUAGGUUGCCCCAGUCACUCUGGGCAGCUUCCAAAUCAUGGGGCCCUGGUGUAAUACGAUCAUAUUUACCACUCUCCAGUAAUAACCUAGCUGCCCUGUUUUGACCAAGUGAAGUUUCCAAACCAUUUCCUAAAGCAGCUUCAUGUAUAUAAUGCAUUGCAGUAAUAAAACUACCAGGUUACCAGAGUGUGGAUAACAGCAGCAAGGCUCAUAUCUGUAUGGUUAGUGGAAAGGCUGCAUUAGAGGCAUGAUGGGUCCUGACUGGCAGAGGCCUGAGAGAUGACGGAUGAAUUCACACAGGCAUAUUCAUGAUGUGUCUGACAGUUUUCCUAUCACCUGGCACUAUCUCAAACCUGAUUCUUUUCAAUGGAGGCGAUGAUGAAUAUGUUCAACUGCAAGUCAUCAAACGGCACAUAUUCACCUGUCAGUUGACUCUUUGAAAUGCCACAGUUCCCCCACCCAAUUCAAAGGACUGAAGUGGCCAGGAAGGUGAUUCUUUUGAUGGGGCUUUGCUGCAUUGAUCUAUCUUUACAAAGCAAUCUUCUCUGGUUUCUGUACUUUGAUCUAGUGAAUGCUAAAGUCAGACAGACGACGUACACUUUAAAACUCUUCUCCCAUGCCCUGAUGAAAUGAUCACAUAUACAGUGACUUCUUUAAAAACUUGCCGUUUUUAUAAUCACUCCUUGAAUGUUGUCACUUGGAUAAAGUAAGAUAAACCCAUGUGGUUUACAUUAUACUAUUUUAAAAAAUAAAAAAGGUCCCAAAAAUCCUAUUGUCCCCCUCUGAAUAGAACUGUUUGGUUUAUAAUUUACUGUUCUGUGGAAUAAUACAAUGCCUCCCUCUUUUGUCUAAUGUAUUUUACAGGGCCCACUGAAAGCAUUUGCUUUGCAUCUUGGCAAGAUGCGCCAAAAAUUUGGCAAAGAGGACUCUCCUAUCCGCAUUUACUUGGUAACUGCCCGCAGUGGCCGUGACAUGGGCAUCCGGGCCAUAAAAACGCUUCGGGAAUGGGGCCUGGCAAUUGAUGAGGCCUUCUUCAUGGAUGGAGCACCUAAAGGCCCCAUACUCUCCAAGAUUCAGCCCCACAUCUUCUUUGACGAUGGUCUUCACAAUAUCCAGGGUGCCCAGAAUGUUGGCAUACCCUCUGCUCUGGUUCCUUGUAACUGCUGACAGGGACCACAUCAUGGCCGCAAUAUUGUGGGGAUUGAACAAAUUGAAGGAUGGCUGGGCAAAGCUUCAGACUGACAGGACAAAGUUGAAACGGCAUUGACUACAUUUAGGGACCAAGGGAACAAAACUGCUGCAUGAAGAUACAGUGUUGGCUGCUUUGCUGCAAUAUAUUCUGAACAAAUCCAAAUAUAUGGACCAUUUAACUUGAGCAGCAGAAAGCUCAUAAAGGAACAAUGACUGAAAUAUAACUGAUUGACUUGAUAGCUAAAUGGUGACUAGAAAAAAAGCAGAGUAAUUGCUGGGAGUUUUUUUAGCCUUUUUUAUUGCACUAAAAUGCAUUUUCAUUUAAAUGCUGUUCCUCUAAUAUUUUAUAUAUGUGUAUGCAAAAAGAGCAGAAAUAAAAAUAGUGGGUUUUUAAAAAUACAAAGCUAAAAUGGCAC